AUGUAAAAAAUUGAACAACAACAUAAUUAGAAUUUUGAUUUAGAUCUUGAAUUAAGAGCAGUUCAAAAUGAAGAUUUUGAAUAAGAAUAUUUAGAACAUUGUUUAAGAGAUACUAGAAGAUAACUAUCGAUUACUAAUAAUCAAAUCCAAAGUCAAACCAAAAGUGAAAAAAGCAAUGAUGCAUAUGAUUUUAGAACACCUAAAAAUGCAACUCAUCUUAAUUUAAAUAAUCUACCAACUUCUGAUGCUUAAUAAAUUCAUCUUCUAACUCCUAGUAGUAAAAACCAAGAGAAAUAAAAGAAUACAGGGUCUAGUAUAAUGCAGUUCUUUUUUAUAAGACGUUUUUUGGAAAAGCUUACUUUUUAGAGAAAAAAAUUAGAAAAUUUAAAUGAUACUCAUCUUAAUCUUAUAGAUGAUAAGGCAUCUGAUAAGUAUAUGAAUUAAAAUGAUAUUUAAUAGAGCUAUUUUAUAAGAAUAUAAAUAAACAAAAGUAUAAAAAGGAUUGACAAUCAAUUAAUUAAAUAGAAUAGUAACAACUAAAAUAGAAAUAAAAGAAAAUAGUUGGGAUAAAGUAAAAACAUUCUUAUAAGAAAAUAAAUAAAAUGUUAUUAAAUAAAUUACAUUGAUUGCAAAUAAAAUUCCAUUAAUACAACCAGAAAGUAAUUUCAAAUUAUAUUGGGAUAUAUUUGCAUCUCUUUUUAGAUUAAUCUUAGUAAUUUUAAUACCUUUAGAAAUAUCAUUUACAACUUAAAUUCUCUUUUAACAUUAUAUAGGAUUAACAAUAACAAUAUUUUUAGUUUUAUAAUUAGAUUUAUUUGUAAGAAUAAAUACAUUAUGUUAUGAAAAUGGAAAGGCAAUAACAGAUAGAUGGGAAAUUAUAAUUAGAUAAUUAAACAAAUCAUGGUUCACUGAUUUCUCAGUUAUUAUUUUGAUUAUUGUCUUUAUUACUAAUCCUUAUGUAUAAGAUGGUUAUGAUUUAUUUCUUCUUAUUUUAUUAACUCAAUAUAAGCAUAUAUUUGAGGCUGUAUCUAAAAUAGAUUAAAUAUCUUAUUUUACUAGACCAUAAAGAGGUAUAAUUGGAUUAAUAAAGUUUUUAACUAGUUUAUUAUAUAUUUUACACUUAUUUAGUUGUAUUUGGUUUUGGUUUAGUAGUAUAGAUUAAUCUAAUUCUUGGAUAGUGAAUAAAGAAUUAGAUCAUUAAACAUGGUAAUUAUAAUAUUUGGAAUCUAUUUAUUUUGCUAUUGUGACUAUGCUUACAAUAGGAUAUGGAGACAAUGUACCUAAGAAUUCUAUAGAAAAGAUAGUAGCUAUAAUUUUUAUUCUUGGUGCUUGUAUAUAUAAAAAUCAAAUAUAAUAUAGGUUUAUGGUUUUCUUAUAGUGUAAAUUUUAUAGGUGCAAUAAUGAAUGAUAUUACUUAAAAUUAAGUAGAAAGAAGUUAAAAAUUAAGAGUUAUCAAUAAAUAUAUGACAUAAAGAUAGAUUCCUUUUAGUCUUUAACAUUAGUAAAUAAAUAUAUAUAUAUAAUGUAAUUAGAGUUUAAGAAUAUUUGACAUAUAGAUGGAAAGAAGAUGAUGAAGUAGAUUUGGAAAUGGAAUAAUUAUUAUUAGAAUAAUUAUCAGAUGAAUUAAAAGAAGAAUUGGAGAAAUAAGCAAAUAAAGUAUUUAUUAAGAAAUCUGAAUUGUUAUAAAAAUAUUUUUCAGCUGAAUUUAGAAAUGCUCUUUUUAAAUCAAUCAAACGUAAAAUUAUUCAACCUUAAAAUAUAUUUUCAACAGAAAUUAAUGGACAUUAACAUCUUUGUUAUGUUGAAUAAGGUGUAAUUUUAUAUCAACAUAAAGAUAGAAAAUAAAGAUCAAAAAUGAAUGCUUAAAUAUAAUAAGGUUAAUUUUUUUGUGUAAAAGAAUUUAUAAUGUAAAAUCCAGAAUAUGAAUUAUUUAAAGCAUAGAGUUAUGUUAGUUUAUUGAUGCUUUCUAAAAUGGACUUUUUAGAUACACUUAAAGAUUUUCCUAAUGAUUUCUAAAAAUAUUGUUAACUUAAAGAUACAUAUUCAUUAUCAAAUUAAGAAUUAUUAAUAUAAUAUGCUAACUUUUGUCCAGCAUGUAAUAAUUUUGAUCAUCAAUUAAAAAAUUGUGGUUAAGUUUAACUUAAAUUAAAUUAAGAAGUCAUUGUAAAAAAACAUAUUAUUAAUCAAGAAUAAAUAAGAUAAAAAUAUAAGAGAAAAACUUUUGAUAAACCUAUUCAAACAAGAGCUGAAUUAACUUAUGUUUAAGAAUGUGCAUUAUAUUUUUCAACAGAAAAUUAAAAUCUAUUGAAUGAAUAAUCUAAAUUAUAAUUAAUAUAUGAAGCAGAUACAGAAUCAUUUUAAGGUAAUUCAGAAACACAUAAUGUUUAUGAUGCAUUACCUUCAGUAAAUAUUUUAUAAAUUAAUGAUAUGUUUGCAAACAAUCACAAAUCUACUUAAAUAAAAACUCUUCCUAAAUUAGAAUUUGAAGAAGAAAAAAUUAAAUUAAAAGAAGAUCUAACUAAAUCCAAUCUCUUAUCUACAUAAUAUACUCGUAUUUAGAGAAGAACUUCAUAACCAUCUAAAUAACUUUAAAGGAAGAAUACAAGAACACAUUCUAUACUAUUCUAAAUGAAUGAAAUAACUGAAGAACCUCAUGAAACUACUAUUCUAAUACAUGAAAAUGAAUAAUUUAAAAAAGAUCAAUUCUUUAGUUAAAAUAUGAAAGAUAAUAUACGUUGUCUUUAUAAUAAAUUACUUAGAACAUAAGAUGAUAAAGAUAUAUCUGUAAAAUAGGGUCUCAAUUCUUUAUAAUAUAUUUAUUGGUAAUAGAAUGCUAUAACUAUAGAAGAUUUUGAAACUGUUUAAAAUUAUGAUUUUUAUUAUCCUUUAAGUAAUGUUAAUCAUAUAAUUGAUGCAGUUAAUAAAAAUUUACAUUAAUGGUAAUCUGAAAUUUUAAGUAAAUUCUAAAAAUAUUUAUAUUAUCCAUUUUUAUUUAUAACCAAAUUUUUAAAGCUUAAAAGAUUAUAAUAAUCAAAUGAAGGUUUAAAUUUAGUAACUAAAUUCAAAAAAGCUUAAAAAAAGAUAUGGUUAAUUUAAUUGAGAAAUAAUCUAUCUUCAAAAAAAAUAAUUUCAUCUACUAAAAUAUCAAAAUCAAAACUUAAUUCUAUUAUUCCAUGCUCUCAAGAUAGUUUACCUUCCAUUUAAAUGAGUUCAAAUUGA